UUUUGAAGUCAUUGGACUCUCUUUUUCCGCACUCUUGGAUGAUUUUUUGAUCGUUGAGGUUUAGUUUGUUGGGUUUUUCCUUAAUCUUAAUUCUGAGCAGGUGUGGUUUAGGUGCAGUGUUGGCUAUCUAAGAUGAAAAGGUUGUGGCUUUUGGUUGUUUUCUGGUUCUGGGGUGAUUUAGUUGGAUUCCCUUUUCAAUAGAAAAAAAGGUGGGUUAGGUUGAAAUUAUGGUGUGAAAUGAAAUGCAGGCUUUGUGUGUUCUUUUCUGCCCCUAUUUUGGGAUUUGGAGGAUUUAACUUUGGUUGGAAAUAACUUGGCAUAUAUAAUUGAAGGUCUGCGUUCUAAACUGCUGGGUUAAUAUUUGUGAAGGAUUUGAUUUAGAGCUAUGAUGAUGGAGUGCUGAGAGAGAAAAUUGGAUGAAUCCAUGCACAAUACUGUUGAGGUACAAAAAUCUCAUAGAGGUUCAGGCUACUUUCUAGGUUUUCUUUGAAGGGAUGAAAGGGGCGAGUUUACAUAAAUUGAGAGGUAAUAAACUCUCUCUCAGUCUUAUCGCUCUCCUCUGCACAACCCUUAUUGUUUGGGCAUGGGACAAAAACCCAAUCCUCACUACAUUCCUUCCACCUCCGGAGCAGCUUGAUAUACUUUCUCCAGUGGUUCCUGCACGAACUCCAGUAAACCCAUCAGGAAAAACUGAUGAGCAGCCAUCUGCAAAGGAAGAGUUGUCAGCUGUAGGCCGACUUGGAAAAGAAUUACCUGAUGAAACAGGGGGGGAAGUUGUCGAUGUUCCGUCAACAGGUUCUUCAAUGAAGAGCUCAUUGGAGAAGGAAGAUAAGGGUAAAGAAUCAGAAAAGGUUCCUGUAGAGAAUAAAGAGUGUAAUUAUGCAAAGGGAAAGUGGGUUGCAGACAAAAGAAGGCCAUUAUAUUCUGGUUUUGGUUGCAAGCAGUGGCUUUCACAAAUGUGGGCAUGCCGGUUGAUGCGACGAACUGAUUUCUCCUAUGAGAGUUUUCGCUGGCAGCCACAAGGUUGUGAUAUGCCAGAGUUCAAAGGAUCUGAAUUCUUGAGAAGGAUGCAGCACAAAACAAUUGCUCUGGUAGGGGAUUCAUUGGGAAGACAGCAGUUCCAAUCCCUCAUGUGUAUGGUCACUGGUGGUAAAUAUAGCCCGGAAGUGAUAGAUGUCGGAAAGGAGUAUCGCCUUGUUAAAGCCCGCGGUGCCACACGACCUGAUGGUUGGGCAUAUCGAUUUCCAAGUACCAACACCACUAUUCUAUACUACUGGUCUGCUAGUUUAUGUGAGUUGGAGCCUUUGAACAGAUCGGAUCCAGCUACCCAUUAUGCUAUGCAUCUUGACCGCCCUGCAACAUUUUUAAAGCAGUAUCUUCACAGAUUUGAUGUGCUGGUACUCAACACUGGACACCAUUGGAAUAGAGGCAAGUUUCGAGCAAACAGAUGGGAAAUGUAUGUUAGUGGAAAACCCAACACUGAUAGAAAGCUUGCGCAGAUAUGGCAUGCCAAAAAUCUUGCUGUCUCUAGUGUUAUCAAGUGGCUUGAUACACAGCUUCCACAGCAUCCACAAUUGAAAGCUUUUUUUAGGACGAUAUCUCCUAGGCAUUUUGUCAAUGGAGAUUGGAACUCUGGGGGAAGCUGUGACAACACGAUCCCAUUGGCUGGUGGGAGUGAAGUUCUGCAGGAUGGUUCUAGUGAUAUUGAUGCUGAGGGGGCAGUAAGAGGAACAAGGGUGAAGCUCUUGGAUAUUACUGCUUUGUCACGGUUGAGAGAUGAGGGACAUAUAUCCAGAUAUAGCAUUAAAGCCUCCACAGGUGUGCAUGAUUGCCUGCAUUGGUGUCUUCCAGGUGUACCUGAUACAUGGAAUGAAAUACUUUAUGCACAACUGUAGGUUAUCAUUCUGGAGGUUCAUGCAUAUACAGCCACUCCUUAUGCUGGGUACCCUGAAGAUUUGCUAAAUGGGGUACUCUUACUGAACAUUCUAUGAAGAAAUACAUCAAAGAAAUUCCUCUGAAGUACUCUAUUUGUUGCAACAUUUCUCCACAUUGACCUCAUGUUCAUCCUAUUCUUCUCUGCCAUCUUUUAUCUUCUAAUUUCAUACUAGAAAUUCUUGAUUGAAGGUCUGCUCUCAAAAAUAUUAGCAUCUUCUGGCUCAACUUCCUGGAGGAAAUUGCAUUUGUGGACAACAAAAGCAUUGUAUUUUGGAGAGUGAUUUAGAAGGCACUUUAGUAGUGACGUGUAUUCUUAAUUAUACAGAUUCAUUUUUGCUGAAGACCUCACAAAAGAAAUGAGUCAUGCAAAUUGAAGGCCUAUCGUUGGCUGAGAGCUCCGUACUGUGCUGGUUAGGCAUAUUGAUUUUGGCGUAACAAAAAUUUGCCACUGUAUUUCACUGCAUCAUCAAAAGUUUUAUUAGAUUGCUUUUAUCACUGUCAACAGCUCAACGUGAGUUAUUUGCAGAUUUUCUGUAUACUUCUAAGAAAUUUAUUGAAAGGUAUAUUACAACAGCAACUUGUCUUAGGAAGCAUCCAUUUCGUUUCUUUUGAUUGGUACAUGCAGGAAAAGGCAUAAAUUUAUUCAUCUCUAUUUGGCAAGAUCAUGUUGAUGAGAUACUAACAUUUGGAUAUGUUAGAGGUUUAAAUCUUGCUGGGUAUAUUGGAGUUUGUGUUGAAGUUCCAAACAAUAUUAUUGAUGUCACAUUUGUUUUGUGAGGUACUAUCAUGUCAAAACUCUGAAAUUAUACAACUCAGAUGCUUAUAUUAAUU